UGACUACCAUUAUCCUAGACUGUGAAGAAUAUAAUAGGGUACCUGCAAAGAAACAGAAAAAAAGAAAAUAACAAGAUAGAAUAUAAUAUUCGAGUGCUAACAAGGGACAUGAAGAAGAGAUCUGUGGGGAGUACAGUCUUUGGGAAAACCUUAUGGAGAGAGAAGGUUGAUUGAUAAAUGAAGGCUUUCCAGAUAGGGAAGACACUUUGAGCCAUGGCUUUGGAGGUAACAUCUAAAGGAACUGGUUUAAAUCCUAAUGCCAAAGUGUGGCAAGAAAUUCCUCAUGGAAAUACUGAUGUCACGCCAGUAACUCAUGGAACUGAAAGCUCUUGGCAUGAAACAGCAGCAACAUCUGGGUCUCAUCCUGAGGGUAAUACAGAGCUUUCAGAUGAUAUGUGUAAGGAAUAUGAAGUAAUGUAUUCAUCUUGUGAAACCACAAGAAAUUCUACAGGCAUUGAAGAAUCAACUAAUGGAAUGAUUUUAGGGCCAGAAGAUCUGAGUUACCAAAUAUAUGACAUUUCCGGAGAAAGCAAUUCAGCAAUUUCUACAGAAGACCUAAAAGAAUGCCUGAAGAAACAAUUAGAAUUCUGUUUCUCACGAGAGAAUUUGUCAAAGGAUCUUUACCUGAUAUCUCAAAUGGACAGUGAUCAGUUCAUUCCAAUUUGGACAGUUGCCAACAUGGAAGAAAUAAAAAAGCUAACCACAGACCCUGAUCUAAUUCUUGAAGUAUUGAGAUCUUCUCCCAUGGUACAAGUUGAUGAGAAGGGUGAGAAAGUGAGACCAAGUCAUAAGCGUUGUAUCGUGAUUCUUAGAGAGAUUCCUGAAACAACACCAGUAGAGGAAGUGAAAGCUUUGUUCAAGAAUGAAAACUGCCCCAAGGUGAUAAGCUGUGAGUUUGCACACAAUAGCAAUUGGUAUAUCACUUUCCAGUCAGACACAGAUGCACAACAGGCUUUUAAAUAUUUGAGAGAAGAAGUUAAAACAUUUCAGGGCAAGCCAAUCAUGGCAAGGAUAAAAGCCAUCAAUACAUUUUUUGCUAAGAAUGGUUUUCGAUUAAUGGAUUCUAGUAUGUAUAGUCAGCCCAUUCAAACUCAAGCACAGUAUGCCUCACCAGUCUUUAUGCAGCCUGUAUAUAGUCCUCACCAACAGUACUCCAUCUAUAGUAUUGUGCCUCAGUCUUGGUCUCCAAAUCCUGCACCUUACUUUGAAACACCACUGGCUCCCUUUCCAAAUAGUAGUUUUGUGAAUGGCUUUAAUUCACCAGGAUCUUAUAAAACAACUGCUGCUGCUGUGAAUAUGGGUCGACCAUUCCAAAAAAAUCGCGUGAAGCCUCAUUUUAGGUCAUCAAGUGGUUCAGAACACUCAACAGAGGGAUCUGUGUCAUUGGGGGAUGGACCAGUAAACAGAUCUGGUUCCAGGAACUUUCCAACUGAACGGCAUAACCCUACAGUAACAGGGCAUCAGGAGCAAAGCUACCUUCCCAAAGAGACUCCAGCUUUGCAGAUUGAACAGAAUGGGGAUUAUGGUAGGGGCAGGAGAACUCUUUUCAGAGGUCGAAGACGACGAGAAGAUGACAGAAUCCCAAGACCCCAGCCUUCAACAGCUGAAGCAAAGGCUCCAACACCAAAGUUUGACUUAUUAGCCUCAAAUUUUCCUCCUUUACCUGGAAGUUCAUCAAGAACACCAGGUGAACUUGUUUUGGAGAGUAGGAUGUCUGAUGUUGUUAAAGGUGUCUACAAAGAAAAGGACAAUGAAGAGUUAAGACAAGGGGAUAGUUGCCCAGUGCCUGCAGAGGAUGAACAGACCGAAUGUGCCGCUGCCCAGCAACUCGAUAUAAGUACUGGUUCUUCGUGUACAGCUGAGCCUCCUGCAUUGAGCACAACUCGGAUAGAAAAGGAUCUAGUGGAGGAUUCCACUGUUCAGAAGGAUGUUCUCAACCCAACAACUAUAUCAGUUUCUUCCCCAAAUCCUGCAAAGCCAUCAGGGACAAAUAUUGCUUCACCAUGUGAUAAUAACAUAAAUGCAGCUGUAGCUGUGGCCCUACAGGAACCCCGAAAGCUAAGUUAUGCUGAAGUGUGCCAGAAGCCUCCUAAAGAGCCAUCUCCAGUUCCUGUGCAGCCACUACGAGAACUUCGCUCCAAUGUAGUGUCUCCCACCAAAAAUGAAGAGAAUGGAGCUCCUGAGAAGUCCAUUGAGAAACCACAUGAGAAGCCAGAAGCAAGGGCUAGUAAGGAUUAUUCUGGCUUCCGAGGCAAUACCAUCCCCAGGGGAGCAGCUGGAAAAAUCAGGGAACAGAGACGUCAGUUUGGCCACAGGGCCAUACCUCAGGGAGUUACUCGACGUAAUGGCAAAGAGCAAUAUGUGCCACCCAGAUCACCAAAGUAAAACUAACAAACAAACAAACAAAAACUAUUCAAAAACUUCUCUCUCUUCCCAUUAAACUUGAGCCGUGGCUAUAUUGAACUGUUAUGGAGGGGAGAGGGCGACCAGAAAGGAAACAAGAGAAAGGAUAUCCUUAAAUCAUUACAGAUUUUGGAGUUGUGAGCAGUAGAAUCCCAAAAUUCAUCUCUAAAGUGAUUUUUAAAAUGCUGGAGGAUUCCAAUCAGUAUAAAUAUAUAUAUAUGUAUACAUAUAUAAAAAUAUAAUUUUUCUAUUUUUGUUUUUGAUUUUAAUUUGCAGAGAUCUGCCUGGAAUCAAUUUUGAGGGUUCAGAUUUAGCUUGGGGAAAAAACAUUACACAUCCUUCAGUAUAGGAAAUGAGGGAGUGAGAGAAAAUAUUUUUUGAAGAAGCAUUUCUGUAAAAUUAGAAAUUACUUUUUUUAAUCUAUUUAAAGUUUGGCUUAGAGAAUGCCAUCUCUGCCUUUAUGGCCUUGUGUUGCAAAGCAGAUCAGUGGCUGGGGUGCCUGUUUGGGUGUGUUGUGUGUACAAGAGUGACUGAAGCCAAAUCUGUUUUCAUGUUAGUAAAUGAUUUGAAAACUGAAUGUAAUAUGUACUUGAGUAGAUUAUUUUUCCAGUUUGAUAUGUAGUCUCCUUUUGACUUUACUAAUAUUUUAUUCAACAAGCUUUUGAUUGUACUUGGAGAUGUGACUACCAAUCACUUUAAUACAGAAAGAAUGGGGGUUAUUCAGAUAAUUGAAAAAUUUGUCUUAGAUCAGAGUUGGGCAAGUCAAAAGGCCUGCAGAGGUUUAAACUGGCCUGUGAUUCUCCCCUCCCCUAAAAUAGGAAAUAAUUUUUUUGUAUUACUUCAUUUGCUAUUCUCUGUUCUUUGACUACCAAAACCCCCAGAAGCAAGUUAACUAACCACCUACAUAACUGUAUGUUUUUAACCACCUUGACCACGCUAGUCAAAUCAUAUAACUGUUCUAAAUUUCUGAAUUGAACAGUGAAGUAUUUUACUCUUCUGUUCAUGUAUUUAGAAGUUUAGAUCCCAGAAUGGUAGAGCAGACUGUAAUUUAUUUGUGUUAGUGUUAAAAAUGAAACAUUGUAAUUGACUCUUAAAGUGUUAAGUAGUGUAAAAGUAAAAAUAAUUUUUAAAGGCUUAAUUUGGGGGCAACUUUUUCUGUUUACAGUGUAUUUAUCAUAACCUGCCUUUCUUCCCUUUCUCCAAAAAAUUAAAAUUUAAAAAAAUAUACAGUUUGAAAUUCAUCGAAGCAGAGCCAGCAAGUCAGGAGAUUUUUGAGUUAAGGUGAGGAUAGUUGAAAAAAAUCAUUACAUAAUAUCUCAGUGAAUCAAGUUGUAGCUCUCAUAUUAAAUAGGCAAGUUUACAUGCUGGUGUUUAGAAAAUGGCUAAAAUAUUAAAAAUCAUGUUGAAUUAAUCUGUUUUAAGUCAUACCAUUUUCAGAGUUCUAUGUAAGGUGGGGUUUUUGUUUUUUUAGGGAUAGUUUGUAGCAGUAAUAACUGUCCCUUAUGUUAGUGAAUGACUUGUAUAAAUUGAAACUGUAAAUUGUGAACACUGGAAAGCACCAUUGUGACAUAGAGUCAACAUCUUAGUAAUAUAUUAAAAUGAAUGUAAAUGGAGGUUAAAAUUACAUUACUGUGAAAACUCAUCUUCCAACUCUAAGUUAAGCUGUGGAGAUUUGUAUUAGUAGGUAACUGUUCAGAGCUUUGAAAACACUGCACAUUUCUGUACAAGCCAGAGUUGUUAUUUCUUUGUAACUUAUUCAGCUUGGCAAUUGCUUUUGAUUUGGUGGGUUGAUAACAUGAUAUAAUACAUUUAAGUAAGAAGAAUCAUUUCUACACACUAUUUUUUUAAAUCAUUUAGAACUGAAAUCUACAAUUAAACUACCUGUGCUGAAAUUUGGGGGAAGUUUAGGUUCUUUUUAAAAAAGUAUUAAUAAUCAUUAACUAUAUCUGUGAUAAAGUGCUUAUUUUGGUUUACUUAGAUAAUGCUGCAUUUGGUGGAAAUGAUAAACAUUUAAAGUGUUAACACUCUGUGAAUGCAUUGGAUUUAGGAGAAUAAACAUUUUAUAAAAAUCAUUUGGAGAGAAUUAUAAACUUAAUAGUUGCACUUGAAACAAAACAUUACUUUUUUUACAGUGUCACAGAAGUGGGCUUGUAUUAUUUGUACACUUGUGUGACUUAUUCCAACUUUUAAAACUAAGUAUUUUAAUUGAAACACAGGUCUUCUUUUUUAAGAAAGUGUGUUCUUGCUUUUCCCCAAAAUGUUAUUAAGAGUAGAAAUUUAAUUUAAAGACAUGACCUUUUAAAUUCUCUUGUAAAAUAUAUUGUUUUAAUUUAAUUUGCCUCAUUACAACUAAUAAUUCCCAUUUUGAUGGGAAGUAUAGGGAAGAAUAAAUGUGUGUGUGUGUGUAUAUAAUAUAUAUAUUCACAAUAUGUAUUUAGCAUUUAUUUUAUUACCGCAGAUUUAAGGUUUGUAUCUAAUGAUGCCUAUAAAUUGUGUGAAACUUGGCCCACUCUACCCCCCCUCCCCCAGCAUUACUCUGUAACUGAUGAGGGUUGAGCAUUCAUUAUAGUUCAACUAUUUAUUUGGUUCUUUUUUUUUAGUUGUAAUCCUCACUCGAGGUUAUGUUUUUCAUUGAUUUUAGAGAGAGGAAGGAGGGGGGUGGAGAGAGAGAGAGACAGUGAGAAACAUUGAUGUGAAAAAAACAUCCAUCAGUUGCCUCUUGUAUAUGUCCUGACUGAGAAUCGAACCAGCCACCUUCCAGUUUAUGGGAAGAUGCUCCAACCAACAAAGCCACACUGGCCAGCGCCGUUUGUUUUUUUAGAGAGGAAUUUAAGUGUUGAUUUUUUAUUUUUUUUCUUCAUCCUUAUGGCUUAACACUUGCUUGGGCUGUUGGAAGCUAAAAGUAGAUACAAAAUGAUAUGGAGUGUAUGGUACAGUGAUUAUCUGCCAUAGUUCUUACUUCAUGAAGAGAAAAAAAGUCACCACCUUGCACUUCAUAGAGAGGGUAUAUAGAGAUAUUGCAAAAGCCUAUCUCCAUUUUCUAUCCUGAUAAUUAAGGUUUUCGUGAUAUCCAGGGCCUGUCUCUAAUCUGAGUAACUUCAUUUUUGCAAGUAUAGACAUUGACAUUCAAGAGAGUUAUCCGUCUAAAUUUUUUUCAACUGGAAUUUGGAAGAAGAUAAAUCUUUCAGUUGCUAUUGUUUAUUGUUGUCAUCAUAUGUGCUCAAUUUGCAUGUGAUCAAAUGACAUGCAGAUUUUAAAUUUAUUUUUGGUUCCUAAAAUUAAGGUAGCUUGGAUAUUGUUUCACAUUCCUUUCUCUUUUUAAAUGUUUGUUUUGCAAAAGGCUUAGUGAUGGAGUAUUAGCAUCUCCUGGAACAGAAAAUAGUAUUUAAAAUUUACUAAAUAAUUCUCUAGUUUUCUUAGUUAUGGCCUUAAUACUGGCAUAAAUGUCCACUGGUUUUACUUUGAUCCAGUUGAACACACCGGGAUUAAGUCUCUGAUAUUUGUGUUGGGCAUAUAUGUUAACCAUAUUUUAAAAGAAUCCAUUUUGUAUUUUACAGAAAAGAUAAAAUGUAAGAGAGGACAGUAUAUUCCUUUUGAAGGAUUUAAAACAAAUUCAUAAUUAUGUGAUGGUGGUUUCCCCCCCUAAUUUUAUAUAUUUCCUUUCAAUUUGGCUAUAAAAUUUUAACUUUAGACUUUUUGGUAUAUGCUAAUUUAGCUUGUCUGAGCUUCCAGGAAGUUACAUAGGUAUUUCAGUUUUCAUUAGCUGAAUGAAGAUAUUUUAAGAAGUUGAAAGAAAAUUUGUUUUCAGGUUGAGAGUAAAUUCUCUUUCAAAAUUCACCUGAUUAUUAAAGUUGGUUUUUUUUUUUUAGUUGAGAACUUCUUAAGAGUUGCUGAGUAGAUGGUUCUUAAAAAUACAACUCAGACACCAACAGCAGAAAAUGGUUUUACUUUCAGUUUUAUAGCACAAACACUGAUUAGCAUAUAGUAUAAAGAAACAUCCACAUUACUUUUUUUUUUUCUGAUUCAGGUGUCCCUUGAGUGAUAUCUUCUAAUGCUCGGUUUGGGUUGUGGGGGUCAGAACCAGUUAUCUGCUUUCUGUUUUGUCCAUUGCUUAAGUUUGUUCCUGUUGUCAAAACUGUCCCUCCCACCCCCUAAAAAAAAUGAUGUGACACAUGCUCAUGCAUAUUAUGUUAAAAUGAGUACAUCCUAUAUUUGUAUUUUUGUUUUCAACAUUGCCAAGGUGCUAUGGGAAAUUAAAGUAACAAAAAUUAGAACAAAUAAAAUUGUUUAAAAGCAA